AUGCAAAUCACCGACUUGUGUGAUGUUGGCUGUCAUUACCUGAAAGAUUAUGUAAACGAACCCAAUAAACCGAAAUAUCUAAAAUGGGGGAACGAUAUAGUUAAAUUGGUUUUAGAUGAAAAAUUAAAAGGCUUUAAUUUAAAAAAUUAUUCAGAUAAUUUUGAUGACUUAGUAUGCAGCAUCGGGUUGUUCUGCAUUAUGUUUGAAUAUGUUGCUGAUAAGAGCGAGUAUGAUGAUACAAAGCAGCUGUGUGAUGAAUUUAUACUUAAAUUAGUACCCAAACUAAAAAACCGUGGGAAAUAUUCCACUUAUUUCCAGCAAUUUGAUUUCUACACUAAUACAUUGCGUAUGAUGACGAAUUAUUUGUAUAGAAAAGAGCUUUUUAACCAGGAAUCAAACGAUCCUGAGAUGAUAGAAUUUAAUAAACAGAUUAAAGAUGUGAGUUCUACCAUGAAACAGGGUGAGGUGAAAUUUCGAUAUGAAAUAUAUUUGCCUCUAAUAAAAAUAUGA